AUGCCAACACAAACUCGCGAUGCUGUUGAUACCGCUCCGGCUGAACUGCUCACAGAUGAAGUCAAGAGCCAGUUGCAAGAAGCGAUCAAGACCGUGUCUGAAAAGCAACUACGCGAAUUUGUCGCUGAACUCGCCCGCAAGGAGCCUGCAGCGGAGAGGGAACUGGUGAAGAUGCUGUUGGUGCCGCGUAGCAAGCGGAAGAGGGCGGACGAGGUGCAGAGUCGUUGGAUGGCAUGUGCGAACUGCAGGGUCGAGUACGAUGUUGGUGAGGAUAGGAAGGCUGGCGAGUGCCAGUAUCAUCCCGGCGAACUAGAACCGGAUUAUGAGGCGUUUGUGGAUGAUGAUUAUGAUGAGACGACGAUCGAAUCUGAGGAGUUGAUGCAGGAAUUUCCAGAAAAUUAUAACUGGACUUGCUGUGGGGAAGAUGGCACUGUGGAAGGUUGCAUAGCGGGGAAGCAUGUGCAUGGCGGAGAGUCGAAGAAGCGUAAGAGAUGA